UGCCUCGGCUGGGGCUGGGGGCCGGAGAGGGCCAAAGGGGGUCGCGGGCCCAGCGCCCACCCGCCCGCCUGUCGGGGGAGGGGGCCAGGGCUGCGCGCGCGAGGCCGGCCAGCGGCCGCCGCGCCCUCGGGCUCCGACUCCGGCUCCGGCUCGGGCUCGCCAUGGCUGCGGCGGCGCCGUGAGGAGGAGUCCGCGUCCUUCGUGGCGGCGGCGGCGGCCGGCUCCAGGCCGGGUUUUGGCGCCGCCCGCCUGCUGCCUCCUGGCGGCUCCUGAACUCCAGCCCCCUCUCUAUCAGCCUCUCACUCCGUCUCAAUAUGUCUCAAGAUGGCGGCCAAUGUGGGAUCGAUGUUUCAAUAUUGGAAGCGCUUUGAUUUACAGCAGCUGCAGAGAGAACUCGAUGCCACCGCAACGGUAUUGGCGAACCGGCAAGAUGAAAGUGAGCAGUCCAGAAAGCGGCUUAUCGAGCAGAGCCGCGAGUUCAAGAAGAACACUCCAGAGGAUUUGCGCAAGCAGGUAGCACCGCUGCUGAAGAGCUUCCAGGGGGAGAUUGAUGCACUGAGUAAGAGAAGCAAAGAGGCAGAGGCAGCCUUCCUGAAUGUCUACAAGAGAUUGAUUGACGUCCCAGAUCCGGUGCCAGCUCUUGAUCUUGGGCAGCAGCUCCAACUCAAAGUGCAGCGCCUGCACGAUAUUGAAACAGAGAACCAGAAACUUAGGGAAACCCUUGAAGAAUACAACAAGGAAUUUGCUGAAGUGAAAAAUCAAGAGGUUACGAUAAAAGCACUUAAAGAGAAAAUCCGAGAAUACGAACAGACUCUGAAGAACCAAGCCGAAACUAUUGCUCUCGAGAAAGAACAGAAGUUACAGAAUGACUUUGCAGAAAAGGAGAGAAAGCUGCAAGAAACACAGAUGUCCACCACCUCAAAGCUGGAGGAAGCCGAACAUAAAGUUCAAACUCUGCAAACAGCCCUGGAAAAAACUCGUACAGAAUUAUUUGACCUGAAAACCAAAUAUGAUGAAGAAACUACUGCAAAGGCCGACGAGAUUGAAAUGAUCAUGACGGACCUUGAAAGAGCAAACCAGAGGGCAGAGGUGGCUCAGAGAGAGGCAGAGACCUUAAGGGAGCAGCUCUCAUCGGCCAAUCACUCCCUGCAGCUGGCCUCGCAGAUCCAGAAGGCACCAGACGUGGAGCAGGCCAUAGAGGUGCUGACCCGCUCCAGCCUGGAAGUUGAGUUGGCCGCCAAAGAGAGGGAGAUCGCCCAGCUAGUGGAGGACGUCCAGAGACUGCAGGCCAGCCUCACCAAGCUGCGUGAGAACUCGGCCAGCCAGAUCUCCCAGCUCGAGCAGCAGCUGAGUGCCAAGAACAGCACGCUCAAACAACUGGAAGAAAAACUCAAGGGCCAGGCUGACUAUGAAGAGGUGAAGAAAGAACUGAAUAUUCUGAAGUCUAUGGAAUUUGCACCAUCUGAGGGAGCUGGGACACAGGAUGCGGCCAAGCCCUUGGAGGUGCUGCUGCUGGAGAAGAACCGCUCGCUGCAGUCUGAGAACACCGCACUGCGCAUCUCCAACAGUGACCUGAGCGGGUCAGCCAGGAGAAAAGGGAAAGACCAGCCUGAGAGUCGGCGCCCUGGACCUGUGCCGGCCUCCCCUCCUCCUCAGUUGCCCCGCAACACGGGGGAGCAGGCUUCCAAUACUAACGGUACACAUCAGUUCUCACCAGCGGGGUUAAGUCAAGACUUUUUCAGCUCAUCCCUGGCAAGCCCCAGCCUACCCCUGGCUUCUACAGGAAAAUUUGCACUAAACUCUCUCCUCCAGCGACAGCUAAUGCAGUCCUUCUACUCCAAGGCCAUGCAGGAAGCAGGAAGCACAAGCAUGAUUUUUUCAACAGGUCCAUACAGCACAAACUCCAUAUCUUCCCAAAGUCCAUUACAACAAAGCCCAGAUGUAAAUGGCAUGGCCCCAUCCCCCAGCCAGUCAGAAAGUGCUGGGAGCGUCUCCGAGGGCGAGGAGAUGGACACUGCAGAAAUCGCCCGGCAGGUCAAAGAGCAGCUGAUCAAGCACAAUAUCGGACAGCGCAUUUUCGGACAUUACGUCUUGGGACUGUCUCAAGGGUCCGUGAGCGAGAUUCUGGCCCGGCCCAAGCCAUGGAAUAAACUGACAGUUCGCGGCAAGGAGCCUUUUCACAAGAUGAAGCAGUUCCUCUCGGACGAGCAGAAUAUCCUGGCUCUUCGCAGCAUCCAAGGCCGACAAAGAGAGAAUCCAGGCCAGAGCCUGAACAGACUAUUUCAGGAAGUACCGAAACGAAGAAGUGGGUCUGAAGGUAACAUCACUACUCGGAUCCGAGCCUCUGAGACUGGCUCCGAUGAAGCAAUCAAGUCCAUCCUGGAGCAAGCCAAGAGGGAGCUCCAAGUGCAGAAAACUGCGGAGCCGGCCCAGCCUUCUUCCAUGUCCAGCAGUGGAAGCUCCGAUGACGCCAUCCGCUCCAUCUUGCAGCAAGCCCGCAGAGAGAUGGAGGCCCAGCAGGCCGCCCUUGACCCAGCCUUAAAACAAGCGCCACUGUCCCAGCCUGACAUCGCCAUUCUGACCCCCAAGCUGCUGUCCUCCUCAUCCAUUACUGUGCCCAGCUACUCUCCUCUCGCCCUCUCCCUGAAGAAGGCCCCUGAGGCCAGUGCCGCUGUUCUCCCAAACCCCCCAGCCCUCAAAAAGGAAACCCAGGAUGUCCCUGGGUUGGACCCCCAGGGAGUGGCCGAGUCCACACAAGGGAUUCUGAGACAUGUGAAAAACGAGGUGGGCCGCAGUGGCGCAUGGAAAGACCACUGGUGGAGCACAGUGCAGCCAGAGAGGAGAAACACUGCUUCUUCUGAAGAAGCCAAGGUCGAAGAAGCCAGCAGUGGGAAAGACAAGGUCAGCAGUGGCCAGCCACGACCCGAGCGCAGCCAGAUCCAGGGACCCUCAUCGUCAGAGUACUGGAAGGAAUGGCCCAAUGCUGAGUCUCCGUACUCCCAGAGCUCAGAGCUAAGUCUGACUGGAGCUAGCCGCAGUGAGACACCCCAGAACAGCCCUCUGCCUUCCUCCCCAAUUGUGCCCAUGUCAAAGCCCACCAAGCCCUCAGUCCCUCCACUGACCCCCGAGCAGUAUGAGGUCUACAUGUACCAGGAGGUGGACACCAUCGAGCUCACCCGGCAGGUCAAAGAGAAGCUGGCCAAGAACGGCAUCUGCCAGCGGAUCUUUGGGGAGAAGGUGCUGGGCUUGUCCCAAGGCAGCGUCAGUGACAUGCUAUCCCGGCCAAAGCCAUGGAGCAAGCUGACCCAGAAAGGCCGAGAACCCUUCAUCCGGAUGCAGCUUUGGCUAAACGGCGAGCUGGGCCAGGGUGUCCUGCCUGUCCAAGGGCAGCAGCAAGGGCCAGUUGUGCAUUCUGUGACAUCGCUACAGGACCCCCUGCCCCAGGGCUGCGUGAGCUCAGAAAGCACUCCAAAGACCUCCGCCAGCUGCAGCCCUGCCCCUGAGUCCCCGAUGAGUUCCAGCGAAUCAGUGAAGAGUCUAACUGAGCUGGUCCAGCAGCCCUGUCCCCCCAUUGACACCAGUAAGGAUGGGAAGCCACCAGAACCCAGCGACCCACCAGCACCAGACUCCCAGCCCACAACCCCACUGCCUCUCUCUGGACACUCGGCCCUCAGCAUUCAAGAACUGGUAGCCAUGUCUCCAGAGCUGGACACCUACGGCAUAACCAAGAGGGUCAAGGAGGUGCUGACGGACAACAACCUCGGUCAGCGCUUAUUUGGGGAGACCAUCUUAGGGCUCACCCAAGGCUCUGUCUCUGACCUCCUUGCCCGCCCAAAGCCUUGGCAUAAACUCAGUCUGAAGGGACGGGAGCCCUUCGUCCGGAUGCAGCUGUGGCUGAAUGACCCCAACAAUGUGGAGAAGCUAAUGGACAUGAAACGGAUGGAGAAGAAAGCCUACAUGAAGCGGAGGCACAGCUCAGUAAGUGACAGCCAGCCCUGUGAACCCCCCUCUGUCGGCACCGACUACAGCCAGGGUGCCAGCCCCCAGCCCCAACAUCAGCUGAAGAAACCCCGAGUAGUUCUGGCCCCUGAAGAAAAAGAAGCCCUGAAACGAGCAUAUCAGCAAAAGCCAUACCCGUCACCAAAAACCAUUGAAGACCUCGCUACCCAGCUCAACCUGAAAACCAGCACCGUCAUCAACUGGUUCCACAACUACAGGUCUCGGAUCCGCAGAGAACUGUUCAUUGAAGAAAUUCAGGCCGGGAGCCAGGGCCAGGCUGGCGCCAGCGACUCACCAUCAGCCCGGAGCGGCCGAGCAGCGCCCAGCUCGGAGGGCGACAGCUGCGAUGGCGUGGAGGCCACCGAGGGCCCAGGCGCCGUCGACACCGAGGAGCCAGGCGGCCCCGCGGCCGCCGCCAAGUCUCAGGGAGGACCGGCCGAGGUGCAGCGGGAGGAGGCGCCGCGGCCCGUGGAGAAGGCGGAGUCCCCGCUCUCGGGGACCCCAGGUCCGGACCACGCGGAUGAAGACCACGCGGAUGAAGACGAGGGCCGGCCCCGGCCGCCACCCGAGGGCCCCGCGGACAGCCGGGGGCCCCUGCCAAACCCCUCCGCACCCGCGGUAGGGGAGGACGCCGCUACCUCAGCCGCCCCGCCGAGGGAGGGCCCUGGCGAGGCCCGGGAGGGCGCCCCCAGGAGUUCAGCCUUGCCAAGCACCAGCGCGCCCGCGGCUGCCCGCAGGCCCAGCUCGCUACAGAGCCUCUUCGGCCUGCCAGAGGCGGCGGGCGCCAGGGACUCGCGAGACAACCCCCUGAGGAAGAAGAAGGCAGCGAACUUGAACAGCAUAAUCCACCGCCUGGAAAAGGCCGCCAGCCGGGAGGAGCCCAUCGAAUGGGAGUUCUGAGAAGGCGCCGCCCGCCCUGCCAGCCAGGCCCAGCCCAGUCUGGCCGAGCGGGGCCGGGCGCCAACUCCACGGCCUGGACCAUGUUGCGCACUUACCGCCCUGCGGGCCACAGGGCAAAAUCGCCAUAGGCCAAGGUGCAUAUAGAAAACAAAGGAGCAUUAAGCCCAAUCUAUGUCGUGUUUUCAAGGAAGAAAACGGAAAAGUGUAGUCGAGCUUUUUUGUACCCUGAAGUGUUUUUUUUAUUGCCCUAAGUGAUUUCCACAGGUUCUGGAAUAACUCUUACAGCUUUGCCUUGCGCCCUCCUCUUUCGUGUGGGCUUUAAAAAAAAAAAAGUCAAACCCACAUAUUAAAGGGGGCUUUUUAUCUGCCAUCUAAUGGCUUCAGAGCGAUAAUACACUAUUAUCUUCUUAAACCAGGAAAAGGGGGGGGGGAUUUUUCAGAAAAAUUAAAAAAGAAAGUUUUUGUAGCUGUUCAGUUGCCACUAAGAGAUUGCACAGUCAAACCGACUCUAAACACACUAGUUUGGAUUCCUAAAUAUUUUCAAGAAAAGAAUCUUCUCGUUUGAAACUUUGAAUUAAAAUAAAACACAUUUACUCCACAUAUUUUUUAACAAAAAGAAAAGUCACAUCAGGAAAAUAUCUGAUUUUGUGGUAGCUGAUGUAGUGUUUUCUUGUACGUGAAUAGAAUCCUGACAUGUAGUGCACAUUGAUCCAUAGCUUUAACUGACUCUGGACUUUUGCUGACCAGGGUUUGUUUAAUACACUCCAUUCUAGGCCAAAUCAGGACAAAAAGAAAAGAUCCGAAUCUAGGUAUUUUAUAAUCUGCUUUUUAACCUCUAACCGCAGAGCACGCUGAUCAGACCUCAUAUCUCGGAGGUUUAGGAGACAAGUUAGAACUGUAGCAUGUACCUGUUCAUUUUAAUUUAUGGUGUCUUGUCUGUGUCCCUGCGUCUGCACAUUUGUUAGCAUUGAAAGAAAGAAGGAAAGAGCAGGCUGGCAAGGCCACAGUGAGCAGUUCUGUGUCUUUCCUUGGCACAGAAGGCACCCCACCUCACACCACUCUUCUGGGCACUUGAUGGACUGAGCCCUUCCCAGGAGAAGAUGCUCCCUGGGCCUAGGUAGGGCUCUUGCGCACUCUCUCAUUCCCUUUCUUCCCACCACAAGCACUGAUGACCCUGUUGAACUCGUGGGAAGCUUCCUUCCCUGCAGAAGAGAGAACGUGGCAGUCUGGGCUCCGCUCCCACCCCUGUAGAGAUGGCCCAAACUCACACCAAAUUGUUAAUGCUCUUCACUUUCCCACCAGACCAUUUGCCCUUCAUUCGUUUCACCCCUUAGAAAGUUCUUUUAUGCACAGUUUAAGGCAGUCUAAGUACAAAUCAGAAGUCUAACUUGUCUCUGAUUCCUCCUGUUGUCUAUGUGUAUAUGCGCGAGAGUAGAGGUGAAUGAGUGUGUUGUAUGUGCGUGCGUGUGUGCAAUUUUAUAUGUCUGUAUUUUCUUAAGUACUUGUGCACACAUAGAGUGCAUUACUGCCACCUUUUUUCAAUAAGCUGUUUUAUCAGUUAUGGCUUCUACAAGUUUGCUAAUUUAGACUCCUUUAUUGCCAUAUCUUUAAACUAACAAUAGAUGAUUUCGGUAUAUAUAUAUAUAUUUUUUUUUUUCGCUUAUUUAUAGGUGCUGUAUUUUAUUAUCUGAUUGUUAGGAAGGGAUGAAAGGGGCAAAUAUUCUUUAGAGGGAUAGACUGCCGGCAGUAUUGGGUAUAAUUUACAAGAUGUAGUUGUCAUACUGUAUAUUACUGAUUGAAAACUUUUUGACCGUAUUGUGUAUCAUUGAAACCUUUGUCUUAGGUCAACAUCUUUGGAUGACAUUUUAAUGGUGCAUUCAUUAUUUCUUAAGUUUAAUUAAUAUUACUUUUUUGAUUUGGGGGGGUGGGAGGGAGUUAUAAUUUUAAAGGUAUGCUCCCGCUAUUACACCUCAGUGUGCUUGUUAUUAAUUAACUUGUAGGAUUUUGACUGUAAGAUGUGCAACCACAUUUCUUGCAUGAUGUUUUAGAGGUUAUGUAUUUCAUUUACAGUCUUUUAACCUGCAACUGCAGCACUUAGUUCAAGUUUUCACAAAUUUAAGAGUCACUACACUAAAGACAAUGCCUUUUCAUGAAUGAGAAGUUUUCCGAAGGCUCUAGGAGGCUGGGAGGCAGGCCGUUUGUUUGUCUUUUGAUGAUUGCAUCAUUUCUGAACUUGAAAUCCGGUUCAGUGAGGAGAGAAUUCAAAAUGGAGGAGCUUAAGGGGAAAUGGAUCCACAUCUGGCUCGAUCCAGGUGCAUUCAGAAGAGAGAGUUUGCAUCAGUGACCCUUAGGACAGUGAGAAGCAGAGCCGCCAGCAUUACUGGGGUGUCCUCUCCACGAUAACCUCGAGGGACUUUUGUCAUCAUGUGUGAUGAAUCUCUGUAUAUCAUCUAAUUUUUGUUAGAAUGAAAAGCAGGGAAUUAACAGGAAAUAGUAGGCUAAUGUUUUAGUUUUAAAGGCAUGACUGUUAUUUGCAAAGGUGUUAAAUCCAAGGAAAUUGAUAAAAUAUAGAUUUUCAAAAAUAUAGUCCAUCCUAGUGGCCAAAUAGUAAUAGUAUAAAACAGCCACUUUGGCCCUUCCAAGCAGUUUAGUCAUUUUUGUUAUUUUAUUGUUAUUUUUAUUUUAAUUUUGAACUAGGUUAUUGUUGAUUUCCAUUCUGUCUUUUUUGCCAGACUUAGAUCUGGGUGCUCGAUACAAUCAGUUGGUUAAAUUUUGCUUGCAGUUCUGUGAUUGUAUUUUUUUCUUAUUUUUUUAAUUUAAGAUUCAAACCUUACAAUCUUUUGUGUUAAGCUAGCACUGUCUGUAAUACUUCUAAGAGCUGCCACUAAAUAACAUAGCACCUGUAGAGGGGGUGCACCCCUCUUUGGGCCUCUCAGUCUGAGUCUAAGGGUUAAUCUUUCAUCAUGAUAAGCAAUAUUCAAGUGCCUUGAACAGUGUCCUCUCGGAGUGGUUUCCCUUCCACUGGCUGGUGUUCCAAGCAGUAGCCAGCCCUCCUUUUCUUUACGCUCUAUCAGUUUAAAAAGCUGAUUUGUACCUCUCCCCUGGGGGAAACGGUUCCACAUAAAACACUAACACUUAAUUACAGGCUCCAUUAUACCAUUUUAAAUGGCUUCUUUUUGUUAAUUGGAGGCAGUGUUCAUAACUUAAGGUUUUUCCUAUUACUUAGCUGGCUAAGUGGAGGCUCAGCAGAAAAUCAGUGUUCGCAUUUAGCCUCUUGGCCCUUAAUUCCUGCCCAAGUUCUGUUGUGGUAUCCAAGGUGGCAGGUGUAUGGGUUCUGUCCUAGAUUCAUGCCUGCUCACCUCCACCCCAGAAAAGAGAGUCUUCUAUCCCCACGUAACCUUUUCUCUUGAACUUGUGGAUCAGUCAAGAUGUCUAUGGUUUCUGUUUACCAGACCUUUCUUCUUAGAAAGACUGAUCAAGGCCAUCUAACUCUAUUCCAUUAUCUUUCUCACUGCCCUGCCUGAGGAGCAUCACCCCAUGAGGUGGGUGGCUUUGGUCAUCUAGAGCAAGGCUACAGGGGCAGGAUUGGGGCAAGGUGCCCCAGGAUGCAGGCGUGGGUUGAAGUCUCCAAGAAAUGCCAGGAUCAUGACUCGUAAGCAUGCAAUCAAAACAUGCCACUAUCUCUGAGAGUAUUGAGGCAAAGAUAAUAGUUCCCAGGCUCCCUGGCAUAAUUCCCUUAAACACAAAUGCCUCCCUGUCCAGUUUCCUUCCUGUCAGCAUCUUUGUUUCCUCUACACUUAAAAAUUAUCCUGUCAGACAUGAACAUUCAGGUCUGCUGGCUGGUGGUCCAGGCUAGUGUGCAACAGAGCUCUGGGUUAAAUGUUCUUAUAUACUGUUAGGGCUACCCCUCAGGCAUGGACAGCCAGCUCUCACACAACCCCGGGUCUGUCUUCUUGACCAGUGCUGUGGUGAGGCAUACAGUUCACAGGAGAACUGAGCAGGAAGCAGGUUGUUCUCUAAUCAAGACAGAUGGCUGACUGUCCCAAGACCACAUGCCACACUCAUGCCCAAUGGGAGAUGGGAACAGGAGUCACCAGAUGAGUUCAGUUACAGGCAGGUGCCUUCCUGACUGAUGCUGGCCUAAGUUGCUUUGUUUCUCCUGAACUCAUGUCCUUUUAUAUAGGGCUGAUUGAUGAACUCUGUUGACGUUCUAUGCAAUGUUUUUUCCUCUGAUUUAAAAAAAAAAAAUCUUACUGAAAAGUUAACAGGAUCUGGGGGAGUGAUUAAUGCAUGUCCUUUGGGGAUUAGCACAAAGUAAAGUGGUAAUAGUGGAUCUUGAGCUGAGGGACAACAGCCGUGGCCUUAAAUGCACUAUGGACAGGCCAGUCAAAUCAAAAGUCUGCCCUCAGCCUCCAAGGUUGGCCUCUCUGGGGGACCUGUGAGCCGGCUGUGCAGAGUGGGCUGUCAGCUCCAAGACUUUAGGCUGGAGCCUUGGCUCCCACCGCGUCUUGUGGGUGCCAUCCCUCCCUGGAUGACCUCCCUCAUCUCACACUCAUCAUCCCUUCUACCUCAGUAGCCUUUGCCCUCCAUUUGGUGUCACUCAAAACCACACCCCGCAGAACUGUGAGGCACGUGGUCUCUGGGGUAGGAGAGCAUUUCUUGGCCCCAUGGGCCGGCUUUCUCUUUUGUGAACACAACAUGGACAGACAACUGUGCUCUGCAAAGCACGUGGAUUUUUCCUUUGACUUCCACCUGUUCCUAAAGCUCUAGCAGCUGUUUCCUUUGCAGGCAGGGAGGUAGUCUCAGGCCUUAGAGAGCCUUGUCUUUGGUCUGCUUUGGCCUUCUGCCCUUUCCUGCUCAGCUGUUAAGAUCCAUCACAGCCAUUGUCCUUGCCCUGGGCUGCUCUAGAAUGGCCACAUGAUGUCGCUAUGCAGUGUCAAUUGCAUCUGGCACUAGGGGUUGUUUCUGCUUCACUAGAAGCUCACCUUUGCAAACAUCAAAUAUCUCAAAGACAGAAAAGGAUAGAUGGCUUUUUCAUGCCUACAGGCCCAGUCUUCAGUCACAUAGCCCUUUCUUCCCAAAACAAGUAGCUGGUUACCAUUCAGUGCUGAAGUAAAACCUGGUCCCAGGGCUGUGUUCCCAGAACACAGUGGCUGAAGCGUUCUCCUGGUGGAGAGAAUUUGGAAGUGGGAUCCUAAGGAUUUGUGCUGUCAUCAUGUACUCAUACAUUGACCAUUUACCAGGAAAAGCUCACAUUUAGAAAUUUCUGCCGGUGCUUUUGUAGCUUCUUUUGGGCCUUGACGACAUUAAGGAAGCCUUCAUGACCACCAGGGAAGGGCUUAUGCCCUAAGUGGGAAGGUAGUGGCCUGGGACUCUAAAGUGGCGUGGUUUCACCUACCAGUGUGUUCAGUGCCACUUUGACCAGCACACUUGCAUGCUAAGAAAAUUAUGGUCUAAUUUGAUAAUACUAUUUCUAUUCCCUUCAGGUUCUGCUUUUUUUUUGUAAAUGAAAACUACUGGGGAAAAGGAAACUCAAGUUCCAAAAAAAGUUCAAAAAGACCCAAGUUGUGAAACCCUUAGAGAUGGGCUAGAAGCUAAGGCCAGGACCCACAGGGUCCAUCAGGACAGAAGAGGAGGAAGUGUGGAGUGCAGGAAUCCAAACGUGAGCUGAGCCCCAGCCUGGAGUCUUCCAGACCCCAGAAGCCCUGAUGGCCUGGGGAGCAGAAGGAAAUGUGACUUCCUCCUGUGUGCCCCACUCCCAGGGACCACCCCUCCUGCUGUAGCCUCACCCACUGCUCCCUCCUCUCCAAAGAUACCAACCAUGUCCAUGCCAUCAGUGGCAUCAUCUUGAGUUUUUCAUUUUUGGAUGAAGUGACAUUUAGCUUUAACAAGACAUUUCCAAAGCGCCUAGUCUCCUCCAAAAUGCUAACUUCAAAAGUUGGGCAUUAUAGGCGAUAAAUCCUGAAAAAAGGCUGGUGAGAGAAAGACAUGAGGCUAUGCAUAAAUGUGCACUUCCCCGUCCCCUGUUAUUAAACUUUUAAAAUGCCUUUGAGUUACUUUUCAUGGAUCAUUUUAGUUUAUCCAAUAAUAAGAAGUAGAGUCUGCGUUACUGUAAUUUCUGUAGUGUUUAGGCUUUAAUUUCUACCACAAAAUAUGCUGUAUGCUAUGUAUCAAGCUUUCUGUGAUCAGAAAGGAAAGGUGCCUUAAAUCCCAAUGUCAUGGCUACAUCCUUAUGGAAGUAAUCAGAAGCACAGUGUGUAAGGAAGCGUUGGGACUUGCGUUGGUGAAACAAGACACCAUUCAGCAAGAUGCAUUGAAGUGGCACGGAGCUGCUUUUGUUUUAUAAUUCCUUUUCCCCUUUUUUCUUCCUCUUUUUCUUCUUUUUUUUUUCUUUCGUAGUUUGCUUUAAACAGAAAGCACUUAAAUAGAUGACUAAGUGUAAAAGCUCUGUGCAAUAGAAAUCAUUUUUCUUCAUUUUUAAAAGAUAAUGUAUUGCACACCAAAUGAACUCAAAGUAAGCUUUAGACCAGGAUGAUUCAGGUUGUGGAUGAGUAUGUUCACUGUAGUUCCGUUUGUUCAUGAACCGAAGGGGAAAACAGGCCGCCCCCACCACCUCCAGUCUCCCAUCCUGCCUCUAAGUGACUACCAUGCUGGGCACUCGAGGCCCACUGGCUGUGGCCAGAACCACUGGCCUAGUGAGGCAGGGUGGGGGAUGUUUGUGAUUUUGCAGCUGAGUUCCUUCCUGAGUGUCUGAGACCACAGCCGUCCCUUCUAGCACUUAACCUUGUCUUGUUGAGAUGGACUGACUGCUACUGACCUGCCAGCGUGCAUGAGGAUGAUUAUAAAAGGAUGUUUCCUUGAGAAAAAAAAAUUAUUUCUAUCCUCUUCUAUUUAUUAUUAGGUUAAUCAUUUAAGUACUUAUCAGGAGUGUAUUGUUGUUUUGUGUUGUUGUUAUAAAUACUUUUUGCUAUCACUCCAGUGGUUACUGUCCUCUGCCUCCUCCCCUCUCUUGCUCCCCCAAGAGAACUGAAACGUUUGGGGGUGGGGGCAGAGGGGGUUUCUCCAGCAGAGUCAAACACCUAUCUCCAGAGUAGCCGCUCAAAAACUGGUGGUCUCUAUAUGUCUAACUUUUUUACACGAGAGUUGAUGAACAAAAAUCUACCAAUGGAAGGGAGUGCCAAGUUGAAGGACACUCUCCUGAGGAGCUGCAGAGGAAACUUAGAAAAGCCAAGUUCAGUUCCCCAAAGCCUCCUAGAGCCUCUGGUAAGACUUCUGGGUUCAUGAAGUUGUGGCGAGCCCUGGUCAGAGAAGGCACAGCAGCCCCAUUUAGACUAUUACUUCCAAAUGGGAGAGUGGUUCCUUGUAAGGUUCACGUGGGUUAAUGUGUUUUGGUUGGUUUUUUGUUGUUGUUGUUUUCCUUGCAUACAAAGUUGGUCAAAACCAUCUUUCAAAGCAACAGUGUUUCUUAGUACUGGCUGUGGCUUGAGGACUCACCUAGGAGGUCAUAGGCAGGGAGCGGGGGAGCCCCUUUCCCCUUUAAUGUAGUUAAACAUGGAAGAAGGUUGGAUGUGGAGAAAGCUUUCUGUGGCUAGUGGCAAGGCCAGCGAGACACCCAGUUGCUUGCUAAUUGGGUGUGAGGGUGAGGUGGAUCUGUCUUCAGCCCAGGGGCUCAGCAGAGGGAAGCUCCUCUCAGGCUAAGGCAGGGACCCUGCCCACCCGGAAAGUAGGGCCAGAUACCUGCCUCUGCUGGCAAAGGGCCUGCCAACCCCCGAGUGGCUCGGCAGAGCACCUCCUUCCCGGCCAUGACUUUUCUCCUCUGAAAUUGUUGGGGGUCCUGAUUUUGUACUCUCUUUGAAAGAAAGCCCUCCAAUGAAACACCUGCCCCUAACCUACCAAAGGGUUUUCAUUUCUCUCUAAUUAGUCUAUGCAUUUCUCUCUCUAACCGUUUUCUGACUCUUCCCUUGAGAAAACGGGCAUCUCAUGUCCCCCCAUCUAAGACCCCUCAGAAAAUGCUGUGCAUUUUGGAGACGUGAGAAUUCAUUCAAAAUUCUUAAAAGCAUUUGAGAAUAGCUUAUUAUAAAAUAAAAGUGGAGGGAAAAAAAGGUGGUUUUUCCCCACGUCCCUUUCCAUUGAGUAAGAGACCUAGCGUUUGUGCAAUAACUACUUGCCGUGAGAGCGGGUAGCGCCACACUCCUGUCCAGACUACUAACAGCACAAGACGCGCACUCACAGGGUGGCCGAUUCUUCCCAACAACUCUUAAUAAGCUCAACUCCCCCCCAGUGGAUUGUGGUGUCUUACAUUUUAGCAGUAUUUUAUAUUUUCUGUAACGCACUAAGUCUUAGAUGUUUUUAGAGCUCGUUUGUUAAUACUCAGCAAUCACAGAUAUUUUUUAAUCCUCACAGAGACCCAAUUGACCAAAAAAAAAAAGGAAAAAAGGCGUCAUUUUUGUACAAAUAGCUUUGAGAAGCCUCUGUUGUGUUGCUGUGACUCAUCUCUGAUAACAUUUUAUUUCUUGCAAUUUGUUUUCAACAUUAAGAGUCAAAGUUGAUCUGGCUGGCGUGGGAGUGGGGGAGGCACCCGUCGGCCACUCGGCGCUGUCCCUUCUGUCUUUGGUUAGCCAUAUGAUGUUUGUUCUCAGCACUGUACAACAGUCCCUAUAUGAUAUGGAGAAGCAAUAUCACUGUAUGAAACUCACACCAUGUAUUAUUAUUAUUCACUAGCACCCUAGGUGUGAUAAUUGAAGUAAAUAUCUUUUAUACAAACACAA